GAAUUUAGGGAUAUUUCAGUUUUGGGAUAUUACCUGUUUUGGAUGAGUGCAUUUCACCACAGAAAAUUAUUAGCGCAUUUCACCACUUAACAUCAGGGGCACGACAAUAACAGAACUGAGUAGUUAUUAGAGCCAAUGGGAAAAAAUAUGUUAAUAUAUAUAAAAGAGAGCCAAUGUACGUUAAAGCUAAUAUAAACAUAUAUAUUUAUAUGCAGGUGUUUUCUGGUUGGUUGGAAAAGUUCUUGUAUUCUAUGUAUGUACAUAUGUAUGUAUAUGCAAGUAGUUGGAUUCCUUCUAAUCCUAAUAUAUUUGGGUGGGGAAAUUGCGCCAAAAAUGAAAGUUGAAAAAGAAAUCGUCAACGGAAUUUUAGUUCUUAUAGAAUUUCGUCGAGAAAAGUUUAGCUCGGUCGCCAAUUCGUUUUCUAAGUGUUUUAAGUAAAUUUUAAAUAAUUUUAAUUAAAAAAUGGCUAGAGUUAGGAAGUGUCGCGUUCGCGAGUGUGAGACAGAAUCUUCCGGAAGAUUCUUCUCAUUCCCUAAAAGAGAGGAGGAGCUCCUGAAGUGGGUGGAAAAUUUACGCAUCCCACCAUCGCAGGAUUUACCCACCCACAAUGCAUUUGUUUGCAUUAAGCACUUCGAACAAAGUGCUGUGGGUGUGAAAAAGUUGAAGGCACAGGCUGUGCCCACCCUAAACCUUGGAUACGACGAACCCCCUAAGCAUUUGUGGACGACUCAAUUGCCGGUUCGAAGGUGCUGCAUUUCGAAUUGCGUUAACAGGCAGAAAACGCUCUACAAAUUUCCUAAAGAGAAAGAUGUUCGAGAAAGUUGGGCAAAGGCUUGCAACUUAGUUGUGUCGCCUUCCGAUAGUCUUUUUAUUUGUCGUAACCAUUUCGAUUCGCAGUACGUUACCAAAUUCAAACUAUUGCCUGGGGCUUUUCCCUGUUUCAGAUUAGGUUCAGCACUAAGUCGUAGCUCAUCUAGUGCUGACUCAAUUUGGGUGUGCCCGCCCGUUUCUAAAACUUAUGGUUGUCCUGAGGUAGCUGUAGGAAGUAAAGAAGAGAAGGACGACAUAACUUUGAGGGAAUUCGAAACAUAUUCAAUUUUAGAACAAAGGAGAUUAGAAUUAGAACCCCAAAAUGACGACGUAGGCUAUGCAUUAGAUAGUCGUGAACGAUUUGCUCGAUCGGCACGUUACUAUCAAAGUAAUGCGCUUAAAUUGAAUAAGAAGAUCAAAGAGUUGGAGGAUAUUAUUAAAGAUUUGGAAAAAAGGUAUCAAGACCUUAGUAAAUGUGCAAUAGUUGCGGAUGUAAAUUCAAGCAAAGAUGCUGUAACAUUCGCUAGGAUGAUCGUCGCGAAGCGCACUAUUUUCAGUGACGAUGAAAGGGCAUUGGCACAAAACAUUAAUUACAUGUCCAAUAAAUCAUAUUAUUUUAUGCGUGACGAUUUAGGUUUCGCUUUACCAAGCAAGAGCUCUCUAUUGCGAUGGCGCCCCAUAAAGUAUGUUGUCCCUGGGUUCGAUGCCAAUGUCUUGGGAAAUUUAGAAAAAAUUACAAAAAAAUGUCCGUUUUAGAACGAAAUUGCGUUCUACUAUUUGAUGAAAUAUCAAUUAAGACCGACCUAACAUACAAUAGAGUUAGGGAUGUUAUUGACGGGUUUGUGGAUUAUGGGGAAGGCCAUCGUGAAAUGAAAUUAGGUAGUAAGUGUUGUUUUUUCAUGAUAAAAGGGUUGAGUUCCAAUUGGAAAUAUGUGUUUUCAUAUUAUAUUUCCAAAAGUGGACUUCCUACAUUCAAAUUACAUGAAAUUUUGAAUAAGAACAUCACAGCACUAAAGUCGAUUGGUCUAAACGUAAAAGCUUUAGUCUGUGAUCAAGGGCCCACUAAUAUUUCAGUUAUGAAUUAUUUAAAUAUUUCUGAAGAAAAACCCUUUUAUUUGCACGAAGGUUCCAAGAUAUAUUGUUUAUAUGACUAUUGCCAUCUUUUUAAGUCCGUCCGAAACACAUUUAUGAAAUAUGAUAUUUCAACUCCAGAUGGAAUAGCCAGCUUUAAAGUUAUAAAAAAACUUUACUCCAUAGAUCAGGACAAUACAUGUUUCAAGAUAUGUCCAAAACUCACAGAGGCCCACGUAUAUCCUAGCGUUUUUGAAAAAAUGUCCGUAAAACGUGCAACCCAAGUUCUGAGCAAUUCGGUUGCGGCUGGCAUAGAAAUGGCCGAUAGCCAAAAUUUAUUCGGCUCCGACGAAUAUAUAUUAAAAUGUGCAAAGCCUACGCAGUUAUUUGUUAAAAAAAUGAAUGAUCUGUUCGAUGAUCUAGACUGCAAAAAUUUUGUUUCAAAAAAUCCCUUAAAAUAUCCGUUAUUAAAGAACGACUCCGGGAAGGUCCAACGCCUCUAUGAAUACAUUAAUUAUUUCAAAUCAAUCAAACUUCCGAGCAUUGCUCAAAGUAGGUGUAUAGGUGGGUUCUGUUCCACAAUUGUUGGAAUGAUUCAGUUGAGCCAAGAAUUAUUUAGGGAUCAAAAGGAAUUAAGUUUUAUAUUCCUUGGGAAAAUGAAUCAAGAUGCGUUGGAAAAUUUUUUUUAUAGAGUCCGGGCUAGCCAGGGUAUCAAUACCCAUCCGUCUGCCAAUGAGAUACAAUAUAUAGUAGGUCGUUUAAUUUCGAUGAAAAUUUUGAGGCAAAAGUUUCAAAAUAAGGGGGCUAAUUGUGAGGAUGAUGACGACAUAAAUUUAGAUUGGAACUUAGGCCCCGAAGAUCGUCAUCUAGAAGUACAGGGAGUUGAACACGAAUCUGAGCAACUCGACCUGGAAUCGUUUACUAUUCCAGACGAAAACUUUGUUGAAGAGGACGACACAGCUGACGUCCAUAUCAAGCGGUAUUACACUGGCUAUGGUAUUUACCAAAAAAUUUUGUGUAAAAUCCAUUGCGAAAAAUGCGCUAAGGCAAUGACGAAGACACAAAGUGAUUUAUCGCUUUAUUCGGAGGCCCUAAUCAAAGCGAAAAACUAUAAGGAUGACGCGGAUUUAAGGCUAGUCAAUCCAAGUGAUAGGGUCUUCGAAGUGUGUCGACUGCAGAUGAUGUGGUACGUCAACCUUUUCAACAAAUAUGCUCACAGUUCAAAUGUUCGAUGUCUGAUGUUGUCCGCAAUUAAAGAAAAAACGGAAAAUGUUUUUCCUGAGUGGUUUGACCCAACCGAUGAGUGUUUUACUCAUAAAAUUAAGUUGUUAGAAUAUUUGGUAACGGUACUUUUAUUCAAAAACUCGAAAUGGUUAGUAAAAGAAGAAAUUAAUAAUGAACGACAUCGGAAGCGCGAUGCUAAACUAAAAAAACUAAACUUUUUCUUCUAUUUUCAGGUUUAUCUUGUUGUAUUUUCAGGUACUUUUUUCUUCUUCUUAUUUUUUUCCUUUUUAGCUUUGCAACUGAGCUUAGCUUUUUUAAACACAAAUGUUGUUUCCAUCUUGUUUAAGUGCAACAUUUGUUUUUAAAAAAGCAAGUGAAAUUCAAUGACUUUUUUAUAUAUUAAGUCGUGUGAGAAAUUUCCAUUUCAAAUGGACAAUUUCGUAAUUCUGCAUUAUAAUUUUUUUAACACUUUAAACUUGCUUAUACAUUUUAUACAAAAUCUUUAAAUUGUUAAUUUUAAAUAAUAAUAAAUCAAUAAAAUUUGCAUAUAAGUAUAUUCUGAAAACAAUAACCUUGACU